AUGCUUUGUGGAACGGGGAGCAAACUAGACUCCGACACUUUAGUUGAUUACAUGGACUGUUUUGGAAAUGUUUGUGCGGAAUAUUUCUUAAAGAAUCCUUUAAAAAUCGGGAGCUUUGGUAAAGUCGUGGAGAUUGACGAGACAUACCUUACCAGGAAAAAGUACAACAGAGUGGAGCGACAAGAUGCUGCUACCCUUCUGCCACUGAUCAGGCAAUAUGUUGUUCCAGGGACAAAUAUAGUGUCUUAUCAGUGGGCUACAUACAGUACCAUCGAGAACAUGUCAGAGAGAUACCAGCAUGAGACCGUCAUCCAGUCUCCACUUUAUUAA